AUGCCCAGAGCCUUCCUGGUGAAGCGGCGGAGCCCGCAGCCGGCCAGCCGCAGCUGGGAUGCGCUGCCGGACGAGGAGCGAGCGGACACCUACAUCCCAGGGGGGAUAAGCUGUGUGCUGCUGAACUGCCGCAUCGAAGACAGCUGCAGCUUGGAGAGCAAUGGCAGCAGCGCCGCCAGCACGAGGGAGGCUGAGCGGAGUGAGACUCCUCAGCUAGCAGCCGAGAUCGGGGACGCAGAGGGGACCCUUCUGGACUUGGCCAUGAAGCGCCCAGUGGUCAGAUCGAAAAUCAAGUUCACGACUGGCACCUGCGAUGAUGCGGCGCUGCACAAUUGUGAGCUGUGCGGCAAAGGCUUUCGCUUGCAGAGGAUGCUCAACCGUCACGUGAAGUGUCACAGCCAAGUAAAGAGACACCUGUGCACCUUCUGUGGCAAAGGAUUCAAUGACACCUUUGACCUGAAGAGACACGUAAGGACCCAUACAGGAAUUCGUCCUUACAAAUGUGAGAUCUGCAACAAGGCAUUUACCCAGCGAUGUUCUCUGGAAUCCCACCUUAAAAAGAUCCACGGGGUGCAGCAGCAAUAUGCUUACAAACAGCGGCGCGAUAAACUUUACGUCUGCGAAGAUUGUGGCUACACGGGCCCAACGCAAGAGGACUUGUAUCUGCAUGUCAAUAACGCUCACCCUGGGAGUGCUUUCCUCAAGAAAACCUCUAAAAAGCUGGCAGCCGUCUUACAGAAUAAACUGACCUCUGUCCUGCAGAGGAACCCUGAAGAUGAUGAGGAAGACGAGUAACGCAGUGGAUUACAGCGGUCACAUGCAAUGAAGUUUACAUGUCGGGUAUUUUUUCAAACAGCUUUGAAAGGGAUCCGUGUAAUAGCAGGCAUCUUGUCCUUUUGGUAAUGACAGGCUGUGAAUGUGAAAGAAAUGUUCUCAGCUUAAUGCAAAUACAAGGCUUUUUUAAUCGUGAGAAUAAAAGGGAAAAUUUUGGAGCCAGCAUCACCUGUGGAUAGAGCCCUGCACUGGUACUCGGGAGACUCCACGUCAGUUCCCAGCUCUGCCACUGGCCUGCUGUGUAACCUUGGGCAAGUCACUUAACAUUUCCAUGAUUCAGUUUUCUCAACUGCGUAAUGGAGAUAAUGACACUAAUCAGCUUCGUAAAGUGCUUUGAAAUCUUGAAAUCUGUGGGUGAAAAGUGCUAGAUAAGAGCUAGGUAUCCUUAAUAUUAUUCCCAGAUGAGAAUCUACAGUAAAAUGAAGUUAAGGAUGAGAGUAUGUAUCAUAAGGUAAGAAAUGAACAGUCAAUACACUCAAACAACCUAAACUCUGCCCUGUAGUGAAACCAUGCAGAAACCAUGUGAUUAUGAUUAAGGUUGUUAGGAUUUGUAAUCCCAGGUUAGAAAAAAAUGAAUUUUAAAGAUGUUAGAUUUUUUUUCAUAUUAUUUCUGCCCCCCCCCCCCGGGGCAUGAUUCCAGGGCAGAGUUAAGGUUUUUUUGUGCGCCUUGACUGUGCAUUUCUUACCUUAACAUGUUUGGAUUUCUUUUGAGUGUAACCUUAACUCUGAAUUGCCUGUUUUUUUAAUGCUUAGUUCUGAGAUCACUAUCACAUCCCUGUGGCAGUUGUUUAAUUACUGAGGCCUCUUUUUAACCUUAACUCCAUCUUAAUAUAUAUUUUUUUGUCUGGGAAUUUCCCUAGUUCUAAAACAUUUUCAUAGAUGAACACUAAAUAAGAAACCCAAAGAGAAUGCUACCAGAUAGUUCUAAGGACUUGAAGAUACACAGCACCAACCUUCAAUCAUUUAAAAAAAAAAUUAAACUUCCAAGGCUGGAUUUGCUGGGAUACCAAAGCAAUGCAAAGCAGCCAGAGGGCAUUAGCCAGUUCAUCUAGUUAUAGAACUGCAUUGCAUCGCCAGAGCGGCACACAUCAACCAGUGCUUACUGGUGAAUCUGGCCCUUGGUUUGCCAUUGACUUAUUGGUUUAGAAGGCUGCGUUAGUGAGACCACCACUCUGCUGUGUGGCAGGAUCAGGGAGAGAAAGACCCGAGGCCCGGAGUCCCAAUAUCUCUGCUUCCCCUUUGCUCCCCCUCUGGUUCCUUUGGCGGUGCUGGCCCAGUGCUCAAUGGAGCCAAGCAGCAGUGCCAUUGGGGAGCCUUACAGACACUGAUGCCCAAACAAGUGUGCAGCCGCCGAAUGGAACCUUUGAAGAGCAAUGCCAGCUGGGCCAAGCCAUCCGUCAGUCAGAACUCAUGGCACAUGUGUCCAGUGUGCUUUGGUACCACUGAGUCAUUACAGCCAAUAGUACCGUUGCUUGCAAAUUAGCUGUCCAGGAAGGGUGGCGAUUGGUGCUCUACUCUGCUAAGAUCACUCAGGACAGAGAAAAGACUCAUGCCAACAGUAAUUUCUUAAAGGACCCAGUUUGACUCCAUAAACCAAGGAAUGAAUUUACUUGUAAAUUAUCCGAAAACUCAUUGUGUACUCAGAGAGUGAGUGCUGGACGUUUGGGGAGGACACACGCUUAUUUUGUAUACAAAACAGAGAUUGCAUCCUGGCUUUAAUGCAAAAUGGAACUCAGCCUGAAGUACGGAACGGAACUCAUCAGCACCUCCAUGGUUAAUAUAGGAAAAUGAUGUCAGAUUCUGGUUGUGUCUGUAAAAACUAAAUUUUCUUUGAUUGCCUCAGUCCUGGUGCAGACAUCUGCGAGGGCUUUGGACGGGGGAGGGAAAGCUUUUGGGUGUUCUUAAGCAUUUCUUAAUGAAGCAACUAUUUUAUGCAACAAGACUGAGGGUGCUUGGGGCCUUGAAAGAAUCUUAAUAAAGUGAAGCUUUGAUGUAACGAAUAAGAAACUUACUGUCCUAUGUAACAGGAAAGGUUGCAAGGGAUACUUUCAUAAACAGAAUUCCAAGUACAAAGUGUCGAGAUGAAUGACAGAAUAUUCACUUAGUGACAUUUUGGCUGCAGAUUAUAUUUUGACUCUUAGUUGUUCCCUGGUCAUGACUGUCUUAGGCUUCAGAGAUGAAAGCCGGCUUGAGUUCUUAGCUAGGGCAAGGACUGGCACGA